UUCCCCCAAAAUUUCAUUGCUUUCUAGUAUUAUUCUCAUUUUCCUUGGAAACAAACACUUCAUUUCCUUUCACAAAUCCAAUCGUUCUUCGAAAUGGCCCGCACAAAGCAGACGGCAAGAAAGUCCACCGGAGGAAAGGCGCCGAGGAAGCAGCUGGCGACGAAGGCCGCGAGGAAGUCGGCUCCGGCGACCGGAGGAGUGAAGAAGCCUCACCGAUUCAGGCCUGGAACGGUGGCUCUUAGAGAGAUCAGGAAGUACCAGAAGAGCACGGAGCUUCUGAUUCGGAAGCUUCCAUUCCAGAGGCUGGUAAGGGAAAUCGCACAGGACUUCAAGACUGAUCUCCGAUUCCAGAGCAGCGCCGUCGCCGCUCUUCAGGAGGCCGCGGAGGCUUACUUGGUCGGUCUCUUUGAGGACACCAACCUCUGUGCCAUCCACGCCAAGAGGGUGACGAUCAUGCCCAAGGACAUUCAGCUCGCGCGUAGGAUUAGAGGCGAGAGAGCUUAGAUUUGAGAUGUCUGACAUUUCUGAGAAUUGUCUCCUUGUGCUUAACAGGAUGUAAUGGGUUUUCUUUUCGAAACGUUGGGUUUUGUAUAAUGUUGUUGCAAUCCAAUGGCUAAUUUGCGAUAUGUAAGCUAGUUUCUUUUGUUAUUGAAAGAAAUCAAGUUUGCUAAA